CUGACAUUUUAUGAUAUUCUCAUCAAUCACUUUCAAUGUUUGAAAUCGAUAAUAAUAAUAAUAAUUCUUCAGAUAUUCUUCGUAUCGCUGUCUUUGUAUAAUGGAAAUAAGAUGCAAGUAUUGUUGUAAAUCCCUUUUCAAGGGUGAUUCUAUUUUGUUUAAUGCACAUCAUGAAGUAAAACCAAAACAACAAAUAAAUGUAGGAUGCCAUGCGGAUGAAUCUGAUUGCUGCUCAUAUACGACUCCCGAGAAUGCACCAAAUUGGAUUAUGAAUGCUAUCAAUCAAGAAUCUUGGACUAAAGGAAAAUUAUAUUGUCCGUACUGCAACAAUCGCUUAGGAUCUUUCAACUUUGUGAAUGAACUCAAAUGUUACUGUGAUAAAUAUGUGAAGCCACCCAUAAGGAUAGUUAACUCUAAAGUAGACAUAUUAUAUGAAAGUUUAAAAUAAUAACCAGACAGAACUUUCUCUCUAUGUAUACAUUUUCUGUUUCGUGUGUACAUAUUAUAAUAUAUAUUU